CCUCUUGUAUUCCCAUGGAAGGAGCUGAGUAUAUUUAAUAUUAGGAGCACAUCCAGAAGCCUUUGAGGAGGGGGAUGGCUCUUCAUAUUCAUGAAGCUUGCAUACUUCUGUUGGUCAUCCUUGGAUUAGUCACUUCUGCUGCCAUCAGUCAUGAAGACUAUCCUGCUGAUGAAGGUGACCAGACCUCCAGUAAUGACAAUCUGAUCUUUGAUGACUAUCGAGGGAAAGGGUGUGUGGAUGACAGCGGCUUUGUAUACAAGUUGGGAGAACGAUUUUUCCCAGGGCAUUCCAACUGUCCAUGUGUCUGUGCUCUGGAUGGACCUGUUUGUGAUCAGCCAGAAUGCCCUAAAAUUCACCCAAAGUGUACUAAAGUGGAACACAAUGGAUGCUGUCCUGAGUGCAAAGAAGUGAAAAACUUUUGUGAAUAUCAUGGGAAAAAUUACAAAAUCUUGGAGGAAUUUAAGCCCUCUCCAUGUGAAUGGUGUCGCUGUGAGCCCAGCAAUGAAGUUCACUGUGUUGUAGCAGACUGCGCAGUUCCUGAGUGUGUCAACCCAGUCUAUGAACCAGAACAGUGUUGUCCUGUCUGCAAAAAUGGUCCAAACUGCUUUGCAGGAACUACAAUAAUCCCGGCUGGCAUUGAAGUGAAAGUGGAUGAAUGUAACAUCUGUCACUGUCACAACGGGGACUGGUGGAAGCCUGCUCAGUGUUCAAAACGCGAAUGCCAAGGCAAGCAGACUGUGUAGAACAAAUUCCCAACCGAUGAGGAGUUCUUAGGAGAGGAUGCUAUGGCUUCCACACUGCACAUGUUUGAAACAAAACAAAACAAACAAACAAACUCCUGCCAGCUACAACAGGGUCACCAGCAAAACCUUUUAGGGUUGACAAAAGUGAAUAUUUUGCUAAGAGGAAAUUUCUCUCUUUCUCUCUUGCUACAUAAGAUCUAUAUAGUAUAUAGCUAUCGAAACCGCUUUUGUAAUUAUCCAUGCUUGAUGGUGACUUGAUGACUGGAUUUCUGAAACAAAAAGGAAGAAACAGCCUCGUACAGGCUCCCGUUCUGGUGACACCUCUAGCCAGCCAGCUUACUGUCCGCCGAUUUACUUCAUGUUUACUCUUCUGUACAUCCCACAUGGCAUUUUUCUCUUGUAGUAUUUCUUUUUCUAUUUAGAGCCUAAGGGGCCAUAUUCAACUGCAUAGUUAAGUUUUGAGUUGUGUCACAUAAGCUUUAGUAAAGGAAUAUCAGGGGUGAGGACGCUUCCUGACCAGGAAGACACAAAAGCAUCCAACCAAUCACCACCCCACCUUGGGUGAAACACGCAGUAUAGGCUCAGAAGAGAGAGGUGGGUACAGAUGGAUGUACUGCUGGGGCGGGGCAGGGAACUGGUGCUUGGUGCCAUGUGUGGGGGAUCACAAUUCUUACAAACCACACAUUUCCGACACAAAACCUUGAAACUGCCAAUCAAAAACUAAUAUGUGAAGAACACCAUGAGCUUGGCUCAAGAAUCCAAAGGGAGCCAGGAAUUCAGAAUUGCAGCAUUAAUCACCAGACAUUCCUGUGAUGCUGAAUCUCAGUUCGGUUUGUAACUUAACACACUCUAAGCCCACUCAGUCACGUGGUCCUAUAAAUACCAGAACCAGGGUGAGUAGCCCCACUGUGAAUCUGAAUCCGACUGAACACGCCUGGCUUUUGAGUUCAGAUUUGGCCGAAGGCCAGUAGUUUUUGUUUUUGUUUUUGUUUUUGUUUGGUUUGGGACUGUGUUUGCCAUGUUUUAGUAAUGACCACUCAGCCCUAUGUCUAAAACACAGAUUCAGGACACUCUUUCCACCUCAAGUGCUGAUUUAAAUUAAAGAUUAGGGUAGAGUGAGUCUUGCACAAUACAAUUCCAUUUGUUGAACAUUUUUUAAAAUGUAUAUAUUAGAUACUGAACAAUUAAAGUGAACCUUUGAAGAGUCUCAAGGUUGCCCUGGUAAUGCUGCUCGUAUAGUAACAGAAAAAUAAAAUACACAGGGUAUCUGAUGCCACCUCGAGUCAAGCAUAAAUUUGGGGAUUCUGAAACCACAUGGCAUAAUUAGUUGCUUAUUCUGCUCUCCUAUCUUGAAAAACUUGGCGUGGAUCUGGCAGGGUCCUUGAGGAAACUUUAAGGUUGUUUUCACUACCGAUGUUCUUUCCUUUUCCACUUCCACACCAGCCUGGGCUUUGCCACAGUUCUCGCAGAGUGCCACAUUCUAAACAAGAUUUUUCAACUUUAACUCUAUUGAUAUCGUGGGCCAGAUAAUUUGUUGUUGUUGGGGGCUGUCCUGUGCAUUUUAUGGAUGCUUAGCAACAUCUUUGGCCUCUAUCUACUAAAUGCCAAUAGCAAACACCCUCGUAACAACAGAUUGUCUCCAGCAUUGCCAAAUGUCUGCAAAGAGUGGGGAAGGGACAUUUCACCUGGUUGAGAAUCAGAGGUUAAGAAUCAUCAGUACAGAGUGGUUUCUGCCAGGGCGGCACACCAAGCAGACUCUGGCUGAGCCCGUGGAUUUGGUGAGCCUCUAAGCCCUUUGGGACAUACAUGCACAACCAGCAGCCCCAAGGAAUAGAGGUCAGUCUCCUCCAAAUGGAGCGAGGCUUCUAUUGCCAUAGGUCCACCCUCAGGACAUACUUCUUUAGUCUCAUCAACUGGGUUUUCAUUUCAAAUGGUCAGCCUCUCCUCCCUGGAAGCAUUUCCAGUCAUCAAGAAAGAAUGGUCAUUUCCAAAAUUAACGUUGAUGAGUUGGACCUGACAUUUCUCACAUACGCUGUGCUCAUGUACGAUGCAAACAGCCGUGCCGGCCCCAUCCAAGGAAGAACAUCAAGCCGUGUUCCCUUAGAACACCAAUUUGCAGCAAGGUUGGUACCUUUUGUUGCCACCACGGAUACAUCAUAUAGACAGUCAUGAAUCAUUCAUGAACAAUUCUGCAUGAUUUAUUCCUGCACUCCAAAGUAAAGGCAUUCCACACUUCAGCUUGUGUCUAGACAGAGAUGUAUUAUUGAGCUUUCUUUGCCCGGAGGUUGCCUGGUGCCAGCUUCAAAAAUCCACACUCUUGGAAGGAAAUAAUAAUAACAAAUGACAGGAAUAAGGUUUGAAACCCAGAAAAUAUCAUUAAUAGAGCCAUGUAGCAUAGUACCCUAUCUAUUAUUAAGGAGUUACUAUGUCCUUUUUAGAAAACAGAGUGUAACUGGGGAGCCAGGGUUCAGACAAUUUGCAUCAAAGUCUUGGCACAGUGAUAGUUGCAGCAAAAACUUACUAGAAUGGAGUGUAAUAUCCAUCAAGAAGCUCUUUUCAGAGAGUUUGCAGAAUGAAGGCUGUUCUGUGGUCUCUGUUACCAGCCAGAGAGAGGGGUUUCUUUUACUGUUGUUGUUGGAUUUUCUUUUUCCUCUGAGUUUCACUACAAGCUGUUUCCUUUAAGACUUUGUAGCACUGACAUUUUUCUCCCUGUAGGGAGAGAUGAACCUAUACUGUGACAGAAUUUCUCAUAAACCGAUAAACAUUUUACAACUUCCUUCUAUCCAGGUCAUUGAGAAAUUCUUUCCAAACUCUGAACAACAGAGUUCUGGUCUCAUCUGUUUGUUUGUUUGUUUAUUUACUUUUGAAGGCUUUGUUUGCAGCCCCACUGUCCCCACUGUCUCCUAUUCCUCCUCCUUCUUUGGUUCUUGGCUUUAACUACAGCUUUGUUUAAAUAAGGGAUCAACAUCCUGUUUGUCAGCUGAUGCCUGUUAAAAACGAUUCAGUUUCUAAAAUCUUUGAAAAAUGGUGUGCCUGAAAACUAGUGAGAAAAAAAAAAAACAACUAAACACUAAACUGUAAAAAGGGGAUUCUAGCAACAAUAUUUGAUGUGUAAAAGACUAUAUUAUUAAAAAAUUAUUUUG